AUGGGGCCACGUCGAGUAGCUCCAAGAGAGCCAAUGGGAGCUUCCUCUUCGUCAAAUGCAACCCUUUCAUCUGGGAUUGAGCAGCUCGACACCUCGAUCCAGCAAGCCUUGACCCGAUGGACUGACAGUGAUUCAGCUGAACUGCAGUCGAUACUGGACAAUCUGUUGGAGAAGGUCGACUCGGCAGCAUUGGGCUCAAUAUUGCUAUCUCAUGUGCUUAUCCGAAUCUUGAACUCGGAUACCGGACUGGAUCAGCUGCUGGAACUAUUCACAAAUCUCUUCGAUUCGUUCAACGACGAAGUCAAGGAAGAGCGCGUGAAUCAGCUCGGGGAAGCUCUCGCGGAUGUGACGGAGGUUCUGCACGAGUCUAGGGAGGAUGCAUCGGAUCUGAAAACGUCAGGCGAUCAGUCGAUGGAUCAGGAUGAGCUGGCCAAGCCCAUGACAUCGAGUGACAAAGGGGUGGAACUGCUGCGCUCGCUCAUGCAAUCUGGACGAAUACCAUCCCAUAUCCCCAACCUUAUCCUUUCUCCUGAGCUGCUCUCAAGACUGGCCCUACAUCCUUACCCAACGAGACCGGAACUCUUGCAAAGAGCCUACGUCAAACGGAAUACUACCCUCUUCUUCAAGCAAUCCAAAUACAACCUAUUGCGAGAAUCGUCCGAGGGUUUCUCAGCGCUCGUUGUCUUGUUGACUGGAUCUGAUGCCUUUUCGUCAAGGACAGAGGGUGAGACGGAUGUGCAGAGAAAGCAAAGAGCAGAGCAGGUAUGGGACAAAAUCAUGGGAUUGAUUGGAUAUUUCAACUUGUCUCCCCCGCGAGUCCUGGAUCUCAUAUUGGAAGUCGCUAGCUGUCUGAUUGCAGCCCAAUGGCGAUUCCUGCUGGACUUGUUAAAAUGCUCGCCAUGGGGCAGCGGGGCGUCUAACCUCGGAUCCGGCGGGAAAGGCAAAGGGAGAGCAACGGAAGCAUGGCUGGCAGACGAUGAUUCGGCCAUCCGACAUGCUUUGGACCCAUCAGGAGACCGUGUCCUAUGUCAAGUCCUCGGAGUGAAGUUUGGCUUCUACCAGCGGCAAGACGGCGGAGAGACCCCCUACGGUCUCGUAGUCAUGUCUGCGCUCCUCAUCAAGCACGGUCUUGUCGGAUCAUCAGAUCUUCUUGCAUUCCUAUCCCCUGACGAUUCUCAAAUGAAAGUCAUCCAUGACAGCUGGCUUGCAUCUACCAGCUCUCGAUCUGGCCCAUCAAACGCACUCUCCAACUCUGUUCUACUCGACGACGAAGACUCUUCCACUGCCACCGCCAAAGUCGAAGAUUCCGGUCCACCUCCGAAGCCGCCACCGGAGCAACGUAUCAUGCUACUCCAAGCCUUGCUGUCGGUUGGGGAUUUCUCAAGAGCGAUGGUCAUCCUAGCUCGAUUCCCAUGGCUUGCGCAGAGUCAUCCGGUGAUCGCAGACCUGAUCAUGCGGAAUGUUGGACAUGCUCUCGAACCAUUGUACCGAGCUGUACGGCAAGAGAUCGUGACUGAAGACGGCGAAGUGGAAGAGGACGUCGCCUUACACGGCUAUCCACUAUCAUCUCAUCAGCGGAUCAUCCAGACAUACCUGGCUCCUUGCCCCCCGGACACGGCUCAUUCCAAAUAUAGAUUCUUCUACCCGAAUUGGACGGACGAGAUCUCACAAUGGUCCUCCCACGAGCAGCUGCUCACCGACGGAUUACGUUGGCUGGGUCUGGUACGUGGAGUAGCUGGACGACAAGUAGAAGUCAUGGUCAAGCUAUGUCGGAUUGGUGCUGCUCAUUUCACCACCCUGAGGCGUAAUAAGGAACAAUCUCUGAACCUCUUCGACGGUGCAGAGACGAAGGGUGAAAUACAGUCUGUCGAGCCUUCCCUGGAGGAAAUGCGUCCUUGGUUAGAUCUCGUCCGUGUAUCACUACUUCCCGCUCUGUCGACUUCAAGCGCAGCCGCCGCAUUUGAUGUCGAAUUGUGGUGUCUCCUCCGCCACUUCCCUUACCCCGUCCGCUACUCGCUCUAUGGUGAAUGGCGAGAUAGCACAUGCCGUGCUAUUGGGCGGAAUCCCUGUCCUGCCGCUUGUCACGCGGCUGCUGAAGCUACGAGAGAGAUUAAAAAGGCGUUAUCUCGUGUGACUGCCUCCCAAUCUACGCCAUCAGGCCCUGCAGCAUCGACUGAUAGGGGUCCAGCGAGAGCUCUGGCCAAGCUGAGCCAUAGCAAUCCUCACGCUCUGUGGAGCACGGCGGUCACUCAGGUCAAGGCGUAUCCUAAUAUCGGACAAUUCAUCGUUGAAGCUGGACGAUAUAUGACACAGUUGUCAACAGAUGUAGCCAUGUUCACUCUGGUAGACACGCUUUCGGAUGAUACGGUGUCGAGGUUGAAUCCAAAUGGGACGGAUGUUGCUCAGUGGCUAGCAAGUCUUGCAACGUUUGUCGGUGAUUUCAACCGCCGAUACGCUUCUAUGGAUCUUGAGCCUGUGCUUCAGUUCAUCAUCAACCGCUUGAUGCGGUCAGAUUCGGCCGACUUGACGAUCCUCGACAAGCUGAUCAGCAUCAUGACGGGCGUAUCUCAGGUCGAGAACGAUGCGAUUUCUGACGAUCAAUUGCAAGCCUAUGCUGCAGGACGCGAGAUGGUCAAAGAGGCCUUCAACACCACUCUCAUCUCCAUCGCGCGGCCUGUCGACCCAACUGAUGUCACCGCCAAGCCGAAGGAGGCUCCAGUAGACAAGGCCAGAAGUACGAAACGAUCUCUCCCACGCCUGAUCAACUCUCUUCGUUUCACCGAGCUAGCAUUACCAAUUUGGAUCGCUUUAGGUCAAACGAGACAAGGAGCGGUGGAUAAGAUGGCUUCAGCCCCUAUCAAAGCCAUCUCAGCCAUGCAAGAUACAGUCCACGGGACAUUGAUCCAGUAUGGCGAUCUUCUGGGAGAAUACUUGACUCAAGAAGAGCACACCAGUUUCACCCCAGAUCUCGCAACGCUGGUGUCUGAUUAUGGUCUCGACUUCUCCAUUGCCUUCUUGAUACUUCGUCCGAGGCUCAACGCGGAGUUGAGCAAAGCUCGAGCAGCACGCGAAGCUGCUAUGAGGGUUAAAUUGGCAGCUGCGAAGGAGCAGGGCCGAACGUCAGCCUCCCCUAGUGUGGAAAAUUCUCCUGUGUCGUCCCCCACGUCUCCUACCAUGGAGGUGGACGACAAGUUUGACUUGUCUACCGCUGCCGUUGUUGCUGCUGGAGAAGUGACUAUACCCGCCCCAAAGUCACAUCCGAGCAAGUCGUGGUACCCUUCAUCCCUACGCAAACCCAUGGAGCAGGCCCGGGAUCUCUUACCAUUGGACGCCAAUGAUCUCAUGGGCGCACCAUUCUUCGUCAUUUUUUGGCAUCUUACCAUGGGAGACAUUGGUUACUCACCAGAAGCGUACGAUAAAGCAAUCGCCAAGAUAUCCGCGUUGGAUCGCGAUGUCGCUUCUUGGAAGACGACCGCUGUCACCGACCAGAAGUCUGAGCGCGCUAGGCUGAAAGCACGGAUAGAAGUCCUGUCAAAGGAAAAGGCCGCUCAGUCCUCAAUAGCGGAGGCCACUCGACGUCGUUUGACGAGAGAGAGCAAGCACUGGUUCCCAUCGUUUGUCUUCGAAAAGAGUCUGCAGAGGAAACUAGCGCAGCAGCUCCAUCAACAUUGCUUCUAUCCGAGAGCCCUUCUCACCCCCGCGGAUGCCAUAUUCGUGGCCAAAUUUAUCCGCACAGCUCACGACCUCGGGACCGUAGGCUUCUCUACGCUCUUCGUGUACAGCAAUUUCUUUGGCGAGCAUUUGGCCGGAUGCAUCUUUUCGUCGACGACAAACGAAGCGCGGAACCUCGGCCGCUGUCUUGCUGCCAUCAUGGCCGAUCUCGAUAGCUGGCACAAGGAUGAGAAGCGCUACAACCGAGAAGCGCUUGGCGUGGAUUCUGACUCAGGAGACAACAGUAAGGAGCUCCCUGGCAUGCUGUUCCGCGUCAAGAAAGACACACCGAUUGCACCUAUGAAGUGGCGGCAGUUUAGAGAGUUCUACGCAAAGUCACACAACGUUCUGGCAAAGGCCUUAAUCUCCUGUUGGGCCGAGAACGACUUCAUGCACAUCAAGAACGCCAUCACAGUUGGAUUCCAGGUCUUGAAAUCCUUUCCUACAAUGGAGACCAAUGGGAAGGCGGUCCAAGAAGCCGUCAGCAAUCUCGUAGCCGGUAAAAAUGGUGCAUUGACGCCGGAUUUGCAACAUCAAUGUCAAGCCUACCUUCGAAUGCUCAAACAGAGGCAGACAACCAGGCCUUUCGUCAACCCCGGAUCUUUCCACGCCGGCGGAGCGAAGUUGGACCCUGUCAAGCCUGUUCCUACUGCACCAAAAUCGUCAGACACAUCGCCUGCGCCGGCUAAUUCGGACGUCAAGGUCAACGGAUCGGCAUCGCGAAGCUCAACCACCGGUGCCUCUGAUCCAAAAGCCCUUCGUGCCAAACUGGAGGAGAACAAAGCCACUCGCAAUGCGUCGGCGGUCGCUGCCGCAGCGGCUGCGGCCAGUGCAGCGGCUGCCGCCUCCACGACGGAAAGCAAAGAUACUUCGAAUGAUAUCCAAGAAGUUUCCGACGAGAACGCUGCCGCUCCUGCCACACCACCUGCCGGUCCUAGAGCGACACGUUCCAGCGCUUCUCUUGCCUCUGCCCCGACUGGGCCAUCCGCGUCCAUACGCGGUCACGCAUCAAGCUCUUCGACGGAUCGGGCGGCACCUACCGGACCUGCUCGGGGUCCACCUGUUGCCCCCAACGCGUCCAGGAAUUCGUCAAGCAUGGGUCCUCCCGCCAGUACCUCUCUUUCAGUUGAUGAGGAGCGAGCUGCGGCAAGAGCAAGGAAAUUCGGAACGCUCACUCGACCUCAGCCCCCUUCUGGACCUUCUGCCUCAAACUCCCGCUCUGAAGCUGCUUCAUCCCAGACGGCUAGCGCAGGAGCAGCCGAUGCCCGGAAGACGUCUUCUCCCGCUCCUUCCAAUGGCAGUGCAACGACUGAAAAGUCUGGACGGGAUCGAGAUAGAUUUGAUUCGAGGGAACACAGAUCAGUAGAGGAGAGCAAAGAUCCGAAAGAGCUGUUACCUAGCAAGGAGAACGGUCGGUCGAGAUCUUCAAUUGAUAACGCGGAAAACGACGGCGAACGAAGACGUUCGCGCGAUUCAUCAAGACGCGAUGAUCAGGAUAGGGAGAAGGAAAGCUCCUCAGCCAAGCCGGAGAGAGAAUCGUUCUCGACUCGUGCGAAACGACGCGAGGAAGAGGCACCGAGAAGGAUUGAUGAUCCUCGAGACCGCGACCGAGAGCGAGAGAAAGAGCGAGAGCAUCGUCAUCGAUCCCGCCGCGAUGAAAGAGAUGAGCGAGAUCCCAGGGAUUCUCGCGAACCAAGAGAAUCUCGUACGCGUCGAGAUGAGCGACCGGAAGAUCGUCGAGAUGACAGAGAACGAAGAAGGAGAGAGCGAGAGCGCGAGUCGGAUGACCGGACCCGGCGCUCCUCCCGUGAUCCACCAUCACAUGCCGACAAGGCUCAUCCCCGAGCACGAGACGCCCCUCCCGCCCUUACACCUCGAGAUGAUCCAGUCACAGAAGCGAGACCCGGUGCGCCUGGUCCCACUCGGGCUAGAGACGCUCCGCCUCACGAACCUUCUUCGUCCAGGGAUGAGCGUGCGCGCGAGACCCGGAGAGGUCAAGUAAGCGAUCGCCCGAAUGGAGAUCGCACACCUUCGCGAUCGAGUGUCCCGCCUCCUUCCACGACGCACGGCGAUCGGAUCAUUGAGGCACCGCGUGGUGCCCGGUCCUCCACGGAGACGAGAGAUACUCGACUCCCCGCUCGGCCAGAUGGCGGUCGACCUGGCAGGAACGAAUCUGGAGCUGCACCUGCUGCAAGCCGCACGACUCACGCGUUGCCAGCUCGACCCGGCGCGUCUUCUUCCUCGGCCGACACGAGUCGAAAUGGGUCCAGUCUGGCUUCCAGGAUGGGACCACCUGCCAGUUCCAAUGGAGCGCCUUCGGGUCCGUCGGAACUUCGUAAACGGCCUCAUGAGGACACACCACCUGUCGCCAGGGAGGACUCUCCUGGAGCUUCCAAGCGGGUCAAGAUUGAUCGUGAUAAGGCGAGGAGUCAUGACAGACGGGGCAGAGAGAGGCCCAGUACGGAUCAGAGGUAG